AGAUUCUAUGCAUGUUUGAGUCCUAGUCUGCUCUUUGCCCUGUUUGGUAAAUUUUAAAUGUGUGUUGAAUCGAAGUCACGUUUAGCAUAAAAACGUACAUAUAGUUUUUUGAUCUUGUCGUGGACGUGAUACGGUAAAGGGAAACGUCGCUGUUUAGUCGGUGCAGGCCUCGAAGCUUUUGCCUAUAAUCUGCAAUCACAUUGGAGAGGAAGGUGUAAGUUCAUGUUUUAUUUUUGUGAACAGGGCCAAGGUUUUACGUGAUGUCUAGUCAGAGUUUUGCUCUAGCAUCUCUUACUGCUACUUACACAGAUUCUGAAGGUGAAGAGGAUGCACUGGAGGAUGAUAAUGAGAAAUCACCAAAUGAUGAUAGUAGUCUAAAUUCUAACACACCUAAUAUUGUAACACCACCAAUUCCUUCAAUACCUCCACGGUUAGUCUCAUACCAUGAUGACACUGUUAUUUCUGAUGAUGAAGGCGUUCCAGGUGAAGGUUCUGAACAAGAAAGACAAAAGGCUGUAGGCAAUGAAGGGGAUACCCCAGAUGGUGUUCAUCUUCCUCCUGAACCAACAGGGCUUUGUUCAACUUCGCUUCAAGAUAAGAUAAAUCGUUUGUAUGAGAAGAUGGAAUCAAAUGGAUUGGACAUGAAUUAUGUGAUCCAGCAGCGCAAAGAUUUCCGUAAUCCAAGCAUUUAUGAGAAACUGAUUCAGUUCUGUAGUAUUAAUGAAUUUGGUACCAAUUAUCCAGCCCAGACUUAUGAUCCUUUACGAUGGGGAAAAGAAUCAUUUUAUGAAGAACUAGCUCGUGUUCAGAAAACUGAAAUGGAUCGACGCGAGAAAGAACGAAAAGAUAAAACAAAAGUGGAAUUUGUAUCAGGUACAGCUAAACGCCCAGGUAGUGGUUCAGGAGCAGAAGAUGAUACAAAGCGUCGGAAAUCAAAAUGGGAUCAGGUUGGAACAAUGGUAGCAUCUAACAUGGCUGGAGGUGCCCAGGCUGGUCAUAUACUGAAACCAGCUGGACUGCUACAGCAACCAUCCCUGACCACAAGUGUCACAGGUACAAAGGGGACAGUUAUAUCAGCAUUUGGCUCACUUCCCAAGAAACCACGAAUUUGAUGUGGUUUAGAAAGUGUGUGAAUUAAUGUGAUCAUGAAGUUUAUCAUUUGUUAUAUCUGUUAUGAUUUAUGGAAAAACAGACACAUCUGGUCUAGGAGCAUUCUAGAGACUAUAAUACAGGUUUACCCCAAUUUAUGCUAUUAGUUUUCUUUGUUGAACACAGCAUAACUCUAAAACAUACAAAUCAGCAUUAAGGAUUUGAGGUUCUCACAGCAGGGAGUGUGAAGAUGGCUGUCUUUUGGGUUGUAAUGAAGUGUGGUCCAGUAGGAAUUCUUUCAUCAUGAGUAUGAUGAUGGAGGCAGCAAACUUUUGGCACUACAACUCAGAAGACAGCUAUCAUUAUGUUAAUCAACAUUUGUGUACAUUCUCAGCAUUAGAAAUUGUGGAUUCAUAUCUUAAGUGGAUGAUUUUCAGCAAUAAAUAUGGUUAUUAUAAUAAUUUGGCGUUAUUUGGAAGUGAAAUAGCAUUGUAGUAAUGCACUAAAAUUAUUUAAGCAUAUAAAUGUGGUAUUCAAUUACAAGUUUACAUUUAAACACUUUUUUUACCAUGUGUAGUACAUUCUGCUGCUAAUGUGUGUGAAUCUCCAUGCUUUAGAUCAAGAUAUAAGAAAGACCUAUGAAUGAGGUACAGAAUGCAGAAUAAGUAAUAUUUGUGAUAUACUGCAUGUAAAUAGGAGUUGUUCCUAAGAAUGAAAACUGUAUAUACACAAAAUAUGUUAUUUAUGGCAUACCUGUGUUUAUAAUUCAAGAAAGAACAUUAAUAAUGUUACAAAAUGUAACUUAUAAUGACUUUCCAAUGGUAUAGACUGCAGACUACUGUUCUUUUAAAAAUUUAUGUCAGUGAGACUGAUUCUUAUAGCUUUUAUGUUUUUAGUCUACUUUGAAUUAUGAUUUCCUAUGUUACAGUUUCUCUGUAUAAGUUGCACAAUACAAUACUGGAAAGAAAAACUAAAUAAUCAGUUUUGAGUUCAUUUGUGUAUGAAUGAACUGUGCAGACAUUUUAUAGAUGAAAAUGAGUUUACAGGAAGAUACAAGUCAAAGUUUUCCCUCAUAUGAAGUGAGAAACAUAGCUAAACUUAAAUUAAAAUUAUACAUAAAAGUUUAUAAAUGUCAUCAACACAACCAUAUCAUUGUUUAUUUCAUUUAAGUUAGUAAGAUGUUAGAAUUUUUAUGUUUCAAUAGUCUGUCAUCAUUGGGUGCUUAGGUAUAUUAAAUGUCAUCAAAACAUACUAAAAUGUAUAAUUUACAUGGUGGUUGGGGUGUUAUGGAUUUAUACUUACAAAUUAAGAGAUAAACUACCAAAAGUAAUCAUUAAUAAAAUGAAUUAAAGUGUGGAUAUCUUAAAGAGA